AUGAGCAGGAAGGGCGACCGCGCCGACAAGAAGCCCCACAACCCGAGAUCACCGCGCGGCGUCGGGGGCGACAGGGAGGGCGGCGGCCGGCAGCAGCGGAGGGCGGACGGGGGGAUGCGCAUCGUGGUGCCGCUGCAGGGGGUGGUGCAGGGCCGCGGGGGGCUCGUCCUCGGCUCCCUCAUCCCCUGCGCGCUCUUCUACUUCCUCCAGCUCUACAUCAAGCGCAACCGCCCGCCGCCGGGCUCCCCCACGCCGGCCGCCCCCUCCUCCGCCUCACCCGCGGCCGCGGCGGGCCCGCUCUCGCCGAUCCACCGCUCCCUCUCGCGGGGCCUCCUCUCCCCGCGCGCGCUCCCGGCCCUCUCCGCCCGCGGCGCCGUCGUCCGCGCGGGGGAUGACGACUCCCUCUACUACGCCGGCCUCCGCCGCUGCGCCGACGACCCCUACCACCCGGCCUCCAACCCCUCCGGCGUCAUCCAGCUCGGCCUCGCCGAGAACCACCUGUCCCUGGAUUUGGUGAGGGAAUGGAUGGAGGAGCACGCGGGGCCGGCGAUGACGCCGGGCGGAGGCGACGAGGAGAGGGACCUCACCAUCAGCGGGCUCGCCACGUACCAGCCAUACGACGGGAUACUUGCCUUGAAGAUGGCUCUUGCUGGAUUUAUGAGGCAAAUAAUGCAUGAGUCAGUAUCCUUUGAUCCAUCUCAAAUGGUGAUAACAUCUGGUGCGACGCCUGCAAUGGAAAUACUGAGCUUCUGUAUUGCUGAUCCAGGAAAUGCAUUUCUUGUUCCGUCACCAUACUACCCUGGGUGGGACAGGGACAUAAAAUGGCGAACUGGUAUUGAGUUGAUACCCGUUCCUUGCCGUAGCACCGACAACUUUAACAUCAGUAUCACUGCUCUAGAAAUAGCCUAUAACCAGGCAAAGAAGCGAGGAGUAAGGGUUCGUGGGGUUCUCAUAUCUAAUCCUUCCAACCCUACAGGAAGCUUUGUUCCCAAGCAAACACUGCGUGAUCUUCUAGACUUUGCUACUGAGAAGAACAUCCACUUGAUUUCUGAUGAAGUAUUUGCUGGCUCAACAUUUGGAAGUGGUGAAUUUGUCAGUGUGGCAGAGGUUGUGAACGAGCUAGAAGACUUUGACAGAGGCAGGGUUCACAUAAUCUACGGGCUCUCAAAAGACCUAUCUCUUGCAGGGUUUCGAGUCGGAGUCAUAUAUUCGUAUAACGAAAGCAUUGUGGAGGCAGCCGCCAAGAUUGCCAGAUUCUCAUCUGUGUCGACCCCGACCCAGCGCCUUCUUGUUGCCAUGCUUUCGGACCAGAAGUUUAUUUCAAAUUACCUGAAAGUUAACAGAGAGAGGCUGCGCAAGGCGUACAAUCUGCUCGUUGAUGCUUUGAAGCAGGUGGGCAUCGAGUGCUUCAAGAGCAGCGGAGGGUUCUACUGCUGGGCAGACAUGAGCAAGUUCAUCCGGUCUUACAGCGAGAAAGGAGAGCGCAGGCUUUGGGACAGGCUGUUGGAGGAGGCGAAGGUCAAUGUCACCCCAGGUUCAUCUUGCCAUUGCAUUGAGCCUGGGUGGUUUAGGUGCUGUUUCACAACGUUGAGGGGGCGGGAUAUUCCUGUGGUGGUGGAAAGGCUCAGGAGGGUCACAGCUAGCCACAAAUCAAACCGCUGA